AUGGCUCGCCCUGCCCACGAGGAGGGCGGCCUGUGCGGGGCCCGGGGCCCAGGGCCCGGGCGCCCUAGGAGCCCAGCGCCCGGCUGUGCGGGGACCGGAAGCGCCCGCCGCCCGCUCUUCCGCCCCGGGACGCGGGCGCGGGGCCCCGAGCCGCGCCGGGGCUGGGGCGCGAAGGGAGCCUGUCUGCACCCGCCGGCCCUUUGUCCUCGGUUCCCCUCCGUCUCCUCCCCGGAGGCCAGAGCAGGCCCGAGGGAGGACCAGGCCUGGCGGCCCCACACCCGGCCCGCGGGCCUAGAAUCCCAUCAGAUUGGGGGCCCGGUUGGGAGCCAGGAGGGCAGGCAGGGGACAGGCCUCGCCCUGCGCCUGGGCCGGGAGAGCGGCCUGAGCCCGGCGCCCUGCGGGGUGUGCGAGGGCAGCAAGAGCUCGGGCGUAGGGGCUGAGCGCGGCCACUGGCAGUCGCGCACAGGAGGCCCGCCCCCCGGGGCAGCCGCGGCUUCUGAGUGGCUGCUCGCGGCGCCCAUUGGGCGCUUCCCCGCCCCGGGUCCGGGAGGAAGACGUCGGCGCCGGAGCAGGCUCGGACAUGGCGAGGCGGCGCGCCGGCCCGAGCGGCGGGGCCCGCCGCCGCCGCCAACGGCGCACCAGGAGCUGGGCACCGCGGCAGCGGCAGCGGCGGCGGCGUCGCGCUCGGCCAUGGUCACCAGCAUGGCCUCGAUCCUGGACGGCGGCGACUACCGGCCCGAGCUCUCCAUCCCGCUCCAUCACGCCAUGAGCAUGUCCUGCGACUCGUCCCCGCCCGGCAUGGGCAUGAGCAACACCUACACCACGCUGACGCCGCUCCAGCCUCUGCCGCCCAUCUCCACCGUGUCGGACAAGUUCCACCACCCGCACCCGCACCACCACCCGCACCACCAUCACCACCACCACCACCAGCGCCUGUCGGGCAACGUCAGCGGCAGCUUCACCCUCAUGCGCGAUGAGCGCGGGCUCCCGGCCAUGAACAACCUCUACAGCCCCUACAAGGAGAUGCCCGGCAUGAGCCAGAGCCUGUCCCCGCUGGCUGCCACGCCGCUGGGCAACGGGCUAGGCGGCCUCCACAACGCGCAGCAGAGCUUGCCCAACUAUGGGCCGCCGGGCCACGACAAAAUGCUAAGCCCCAACUUCGACGCGCACCACACUGCCAUGCUGACUCGCGGGGAGCAGCACCUGUCCCGCGGCCUGGGCACCCCGCCCGCGGCCAUGAUGUCGCACCUCAACGGCCUGCACCACCCGGGCCACGCUCAGUCCCAUGGGCCCGUGCUGGCGCCCAGCCGCGAGCGGCCACCCUCGUCCUCGUCGGGCUCACAGGUGGCCACAUCGGGCCAGCUGGAGGAGAUCAACACCAAAGAGGUGGCCCAGCGCAUCACCGCCGAGCUGAAGCGCUACAGCAUCCCACAGGCGAUCUUCGCGCAGAGGGUGCUGUGCCGGUCUCAGGGGACGCUCUCCGACCUGCUCCGGAACCCGAAACCGUGGAGUAAACUCAAAUCUGGCAGGGAGACCUUCCGCAGGAUGUGGAAGUGGCUGCAGGAGCCCGAGUUCCAGCGCAUGUCCGCCUUACGCCUGGCAGCAUGCAAACGCAAAGAGCAAGAACCUAACAAAGACAGGAACAAUUCCCAGAAGAAAUCCCGCCUGGUGUUCACCGACCUCCAACGCCGAACCCUCUUCGCCAUCUUCAAGGAGAACAAACGCCCGUCCAAAGAGAUGCAGAUCACCAUUUCCCAGCAGCUGGGCCUGGAGCUCACAACCGUCAGCAACUUCUUCAUGAAUGCCCGGCGCCGCAGCCUGGAGAAGUGGCAAGACGACCUGAGCACAGGGGGCUCCUCGUCCACCUCCAGCACUUGUACCAAAGCGUGAUGGAAGGACUCUCAGUUGGGCACAAGUCACCUCCAAGCGAGGACAACAGAUACCAAAAGAAAACACAAAGGAAAAAGACACCGGAUUCUUAGCUGGGGCCCUUCACUGGUGAUUUGAAAGCACAAUUCUCUUGAAAAGAAACUUCUAUUCUAGCUGUAAUCAUAGGCCAGGUGUUCUUUUCUUUGUUUGUUUUUAAUGGCGAUGGGGUCCAGGUGCGAGCUGGAAAUUAAUCUCUUUGAACCGGACAUUGUCCUCUGAGCAUGCUAAGCAGCCCAGAAACCCAAAUGGGGCCUUCCUGGAGCAAGUUAAUUUCAGUGUGGUGACAACCAAGCUCAAGAUUGCUUAAAAUGUCAACAGUCCCACUUUGGGUCCUGUCAACCUCUUGCCGUCGGAGUUCCCACGGGUAACGGUGGGAAUGUGGCCCUGUAAGGACUCUGAGUUUGGGCUCCCAAGAUGCUACAAGGAGAGAAGAAUCUAGCAACAAGAAUGACCUCAUUUGCUUUCCAACUGCUUAGCCUCAUCAUACCACAGUACACAAUGUUCACAGCCAUAACGUAAAAAACAUCAGAAUGAUAAUUACUGAGCACAAGUUUUAAAUACGGAAGUUAAAAAAAAUAACAACCCAAGGACCUGUUUUUCCAACUCAGGCAUCUUUUCAUUCAAUGGCUUAGAAAGCUUUAAGUUGAUCCAGUUUACAAUUUUCUUUUCCUUACCUCCUGGAAAUCUCGCGUGGUCUUGGAUCCAUCAAA